GGCUAAUAAAAUAAUAAGGCAAGAAAGAUGUAAAAUUAAAAUUACCCAAAAAUUAAAAAAGAAAAUUAAAAAAAGGAAGGAAAAGCAAAAGCCAAAGACCAAGACUGCAGAAAUAAUAACUUUCCAUUGAAGCUCAGAGCAGAGCUUCUUCUCCAAACAAAUCCAAUCCAAGGCUUCCAAGCACCUGUUCCACCAAACAAAAUCUCUCCUCCUCCUUCAACCCAUUUGAGCAAUGUCGUCAAAGAAGCAAGCCAUUUUCAUAUCUUCCCUCAUAAUCCUCUGGUACUCAUCAAACAUCGGCGUCCUCCUACUCAACAAGUUCUUACUCUCCAACUAUGGCUUUCGAUUCCCAAUCUUCCUCACAAUGUGCCACAUGGCCGCCUGUGCAGUUCUCAGCUACCUCUCCAUCGUCUUCCUCAAGAUUGUGCCCCUCCAGACCAUCAAAUCUCGGUCCCAGUUCCUCAAGAUUGCCACUUUGAGCGUUGUCUUUUGUGGGUCCGUCGUGGGUGGGAAUAUCUCUCUCAGGUACCUUGCUGUUUCUUUCAAUCAGGCUGUCGGUGCAACGACGCCGUUUUUCACCGCCCUGUUUGCGUAUUUGGCGACCUUGAAGAGGGAGGCCUGGGUUACCUAUGCUGCUCUUGUGCCUGUUGUUGCCGGGGUGGUGAUUGCCAGUGGGGGCGAGCCAAGUUUUCACUUCUUUGGGUUUGUUAUGUGCAUUAGUGCAACUGCUGCAAGGGCCUUUAAGUCUGUUCUUCAGGGUAUCCUACUUUCUUCCGAAGGGGAGAGGUUGAACUCAAUGAAUUUGCUGCUGUACAUGUCUCCGAUUGCUGUUCUAGUUUUGUUGCCUGCUGCACUUAUAAUGGAGCCCAAUGUUGUAGAUGCCACUCUGUCACUUGGAAGGGAGCAUAAAUUCAUGUGGUUACUUCUUUUGAUUAAUUCAGUGAUGGCAUAUUCUGCUAAUUUGUCAAAUUUUUUGGUGACCAAACAUACAAGUGCAUUAACGCUUCAGGUAUUAGGCAAUGCAAAAGGCGCAGUGGCUGUUGUUAUCUCAAUUCUUUUAUUCAAGAACCCCGUGACUGCUAUCGGCAUUGGCGGUUACAUGAUAACUGUUAUGGGAGUCGUUGCCUAUGGAGAAGCAAAACGGAGGCUCAGAUAAGUGAUCCUUGACAUUUACCAAAUUCUUUGUUUUUGAAGGCUUAAGUAUUUUGUUAGUGAGAUUAUGUGCACGUAGAUUCUUAGCGCAUAUUGUUUUAGCAGAGAGAGAGAGAGAGAGAGAAUUCAUUGUGAUCGUGUAUUAGAGAAAGAAAGAUAAUCCAUUUUGGUGGUGUAUUAUUAUGUAUACAAGCAACUCCUUUUGUACCAGAUUCAAUCCUAAUUAUUCAUAGAGCUAAUGUAUUUCCAGUC